AUGGCAACAACCGGAGAAAUAAAGCUGAGCGACACAGCGAGUAUUCGAGUGGAAGCGACUGAUGAGGCGCUUGCUAUCCACACCGACGCAGCAACGCACCACAUACACACACUUACCCACAAAACUACGCCAAUUUCUCCAUUCUCCAUCCUCAAUGAUGAAAGAAUAGCGCGCGAUAAAAUAUAUGUGUUACCAGCGUUGCCAGAAGCGGACAAUCUCACGCUCUGGGCGAUACUCCGCGCGAUGUGGCAUGUCUUCUCGCGCCGGGAGUAUAUAGCGAUCGAGCGACCCAGCGCGCCGAUUCACACCUAUCUAACGCAGACAGGGCUAGGAUUUGGCAGUCCCGUAGACGAAGCGGUUGUCAUUCUCGCGCGCGAGUCUUUCUGGCAGGGUGCGGGUGCACCUGAGACCUACGACUGGUUGCGCCGGGAGAAUGACAGCAGCACUCCCAACGCUCCCAGCAGACACGUAUUUCCGCAGAUACAAUCGUUUACGAAGAACGAGCUCGUCGCAACGGUGCAUCCUCUCCGCCCGCCCAAGCCGACACCAGGGAGUGUGUUCUACACCCGCUACGUACCUGCUAUAGGACAAACAAUCUCGUUUGUGCAUAUGGACGGCUCAAACGCGACCCAUUUCGAACAUUACAAGAGAUGGCAGAAUAGCGACCGUGUUAACACGGGGUGGCGGGAGAGAGGGAGUGAUGAGAAACACCACAAGUACAUCGCAGAUAGACUCGCCGAUAAGCAUAUGAUGGGCUUCCUUUUCGCCUGGGAUGGUAACCUCGCCGGGUAUGGCGAGCUGGCGUGGGUGAUGGAGGACCCUAUCAACGUCUACUGCGGAGGUAUGCUUCCAUUCGAUCAGGGCAUUCACCUUCUCGUCGGUGAAGAACAUUUCAGAGGCAAGGAGAGAUUUAUCGCUACCGUCACUAGCAUGAUGCAUUGCUGCUUCUUGCGUGAGCCGCGCACGCAGAACGUUGUCGUUGAGCCCAGAGCAGACCUCGGACUCGUGCCGCGCUUGGCUAGCUUGCUGCCGAUUGAGAUGAAUAGAGAGUUCGAAUUCCCCCACAAACGCGCUGUCUUCUUUAGACAACACCGCCAACGUUUCUUCCAGGCUGCUUCGCUGGAGUGA